AUGGACAAGCUACAGGAGCUAAGUCUCGUGUCCAAAGUGUGUCAGGCUCUGGAAAAUCACUUGGGAAUGAGCGACAAGACGCUGGCCGAGUUUGUCAUUGACCUCGUGCGUAGCAGCAGCGACUGCGCCGGAUUCCUGGCGUCGAUCAAAGACGACGAGCUGCCACUGCCCCGUGCUCUGGCGGAGAAUCUCUUUCGCAUUGUGCAGACGAUGGCGCCGGAUCGGAUGAAGAUGAAGAAGGUUGGAGACGUCAAGUGCAAGACGACCACGAGGCACGAGAUCCGAGACGACGAGGGGCUCACGGCAGCGGAUAUUGCGGGAGCAGCAGUGGAAGACGAUGGAGAUGAGAAAAAAGCAGACAUAACAGGAGCACGGCGCUCGCCGUCACGUCGUGGUAGGAAGAGUGAUGUUCGUUCUACAGCUCGGGAACAAUCGGGAGCGCGCGACCGCUAUGGACGUGACAGGAGUCGAGGAAGAACGGACGGUCGAGACCAAAGAAACAGACGCUCAAGGUCGGCAGAUAGGAGAAGCGGUCGACGGGAACAAGAACGAAGCCGUAGUCGCGGUCGUGGACGGCACGAUGGUCACUAUGGACCGACUCAUUCACAAAGCACUAGCCGAGCUCGUGAUGACGACCGACGUGAGAGCGAUGAGCACGGCGUGAAAGAUGUAGAGCUGUAUGGCAUUUAUGAUGGUCGCGUGACAAAAGUCAUGGACUUUGGCGUGUUCGUGGAACUCGCUGGUCUCGGGAGGGAGAAGAAGGAAGGACUUGUGCACGUGUCUAACUUGUCAGCAAAUCGUGUGAGAAAUGUAAAAGAGUUUGCCCAGCGCGGAGAUCGUGUCAAGGUGAAACUCAUUUCGAUAUCAGGGGCCAAGCUGUCGAUGUCGAUGCGAGACGUUGACCAAAAGACGGGGCAGGACCUGAUGCCUCAGCGCUCUAGCAGUGGUGUCGAGAGAGCGCGGCAGGAAAACAAGUCGUUGGAUCCGCGCUCGUGGGUCAACCCUUCUGCGCCGGGUAUGCAAAAAUCGCACCAGAUCGAUGAUGAUGACGGCAAGCCACAGCGUGCUGCUAAGCGAAUGUCGUCCCCUGAGCGGUGGGAAGUGCAGCAGCUUAUAAACUCGGGCGUGUUAUCGGUUGAAGAUUAUCCAACAUUCGAUGACGAGCAUGGUCUGCUUAACACUGAAGCUACGGAGGAGGACUUUGAGGUGGAGCUAAACGAGGACGAGCCAGUGUUCCUUCGCGGUCAAACUAACAUGAGCCGCGAUUUGUCACCUGUCAAAAUUGUGAAGAACCCGGAUGGAUCGAUGCAGCGUGCAGCAAUGACUCAGUCAAACUUGGCAAAAGAGCGUCGUGAACUUCGACAGACGCAGGCAAACCAACUUAUUGAUUCCAUCCCGAAGGAUCUUAAUCGUCCUUGGGAAGAUCCAAUGCCAGAUGCUGGUGAGCGACACUUUGCUCAGGAAUUACGUGGUAUCAAUAUGGGUGUCACAUUUGAGCUACCUGAAUGGAAGCAAAAGUCGGUCGGUAAAAACCUUUCGUAUGGUAUCGUGUCUAAUAAGUCGAUAUUAGAACAGCGCGAGAGCCUUCCAGUCUUCAGACUCAAGCGUCAAUUGAUGAAGGCAAUUGCCGAUAACCAGUUUCUUGUGGUCAUCGGAGAAACUGGUUCCGGCAAAACCACGCAAAUGACACAAUACAUGGCAGAAAUGGGGUUGACAUCCACCGGUAUUAUUGGAUGCACGCAGCCGCGUCGUGUCGCGGCUUCAUCUGUGGCAAAACGUGUGGCGGAGGAGUUUGGCUGCGAGCUGGGCCAAGAAGUAGGCUACUCUAUGCGUUUCGAGGACGUCACGACUCCAGAGACAGUGAUCAAGUACAUGACUGAAGGUAUGCUCUUGCGUGAAUACCUAGCCGAUCCGACGUUAUCGAAGUACAGCGCUCUGAUGCUCGAUGAAGCUCACGAGCGAACGAUCAACACUGAUGUGCUUUUUGGUCUGCUAAAAGAUCUUGGGCGCAAGCGAAAGGAUCUGAAACUUAUCGUAACUUCGGCAACACUGGAUGCCGAGAAAUUUUCUCGAUAUUUUUUUGACUGUCCGAUCUUCACGAUUCCAGGACGUACGUUCCCGGUCGAGAUUCUGUAUACGAAGGAACCAGAGCUCGACUACUUGGACGCUUCGCUUCUUUGCGUCAUGCAAAUUCAUCUAUCCGAGCCAGAGGGAGAUAUAUUGCUAUUUUUGACUGGACAAGAAGAGAUCGAUACAGCUUGCGAAGUGCUGUACCAGCGCAUAAAAGCAUUGCAGGAGCGUGCGUUGGCCCCGGAGCUUAUUAUACUUCCGGUGUAUGGUGCGUUACCUUCCGAGAUGCAGUCGCGCAUUUUUGACCCAGCGCCCAAGGGCUCCCGUAAGUGUGUAGUGGCUACCAAUAUUGCAGAGGCAUCGCUGACGAUCGACGGCAUUUAUUAUGUCGUGGAUCCUGGUUUCUGCAAGCAGAAUGCCUUCAACUCGAAGAUCGGAAUGGAUUCUCUAGUGGUUGUACCGUGCUCACAGGCUUCGGCUCGUCAGCGUGCAGGGCGUGCUGGACGCACAGGCCCAGGUAAAUGUUACCGACUGUACACAGAGAAUGCUUACAAGAACGAGAUGCUGUCCACGACUGUGCCUGAGAUUCAGCGUGCGAAUCUCGGAUCGGUUGUGCUACAGUUGAAGGCAAUGAGUAUCAACGAUCUCAUGGCUUUCGACUUCAUGGAUCCUCCUCCUCAGGAUGCCCUUGUCAUGGCACUUGAAAAUUUGUAUGCCCUGGGUGCCCUGGAUGACGAAGGUUUGUUAACGCGCUUAGGAAAGAAGAUGGCCGAGUUUCCUGUGGAGCCUAAAAAUGCAAAAGUGCUGCUGACUUCCGUGGUGCUUGGUUGUGCAGAGGAAGUGUUGACUAUUGUGGCGAUGAUGUCAGUGGAAUCGGUCUUUUUUCGACCAAAGGAAAAGCAGGCACAGGCUGAUCAAAAGAAGGCCAAGUUCCAUCAGCCUGAAGGUGACCACUUGACCUUGUUGGCUGUGUAUGAGGCUUGGGCAAAUUCCAAAUUCUCGAACCCGUGGUGCUACGAAAACUUCAUUCAAGCACGGGCUAUUCGUCGUGCCCAAGACGUGCGCAAGCAGUUGCUAUCAAUUUUGGACCGGUACAAAAUGGAUGUCGUCUCUUGCGGCAAGAACUUCAACAAAGUUCGGCGCGCGAUUGUGGCAGGCUACUUCGCUAACACAGCAAAGAAGGAUCCGCAAGAAGGAUACCGCACUAUGGUGGAGGGUCAGCCUGUAUACAUUCAUCCAUCGAGUGCGCUGUAUAACAAGAGCCCCGAGUGGGUGCUUUAUCACGAGCUCGUGCUUACGACGAAGGAGUACAUGCGCAACAUCAUGACGAUAGAGCCAAAGUGGUUAGUGGAACUGGCUCCAGCCUUUUUCAAGAAGGGAGACCCCACGAAACUCUCGAAACGCAAGCGCAACGAGAAGAUCGAGCCAUUGUAUGACCGCUUCAAUCCGCCCGAUUCCUGGCGUCUCAGCAAGCGCAGGGGGUAA